CCGUUCUCGACAUCCCAAAGCCCGUUUCUUUAGUCCCAUUUUCCUCCUCGAUCUCCUCCUCCAUCUUGUUUUUUUAACUGAUCCGUGCAUGCUCUCUCCUCCUUCCACUCGGCCACUCGCGCCUGGCAACCGUGCUGUGCCGAUUGGGAUAAAUUUAACCCCAGAGUCUGGAAUCUGGAGAUCUAUCUGAGGAAGAUGUGUUGCCUGACAGAAACUGGGAUGCGAUGAACACCAAUUUGAAAUGAUGAAAAUUUCGCCCUUGAUGAGUUCGUUAAAUAUGGAGAAGAAAUGGGUCUUCCCGCUUGUUAUAAGCUCUGUACUAUGCAUCUUUCUUCUUGCCACUUCCUUAAACAUGGGUCUUGUUUCUUCCUUCAUACAAUCAAUUCGAUCUUCUCAAUUUUCCCAUCCCGUCUAUCCACAAACCAAACGAACCCUGUAUUUGCCGAGAGCAAGGUUUCGCAAUCGCCACCGCCUCCUUCUGCUCCUGGAGUUCCCCGUUUUGCAUAUCUGAUUUCUGGCUCAAGAGGCGAUUUGGAUAAGCUCUGGAGAACUCUUCAUGCGCUUUAUCAUCCGUUGAACCAGUAUGUUGUCCAUUUGGACCUCGAGUCCCCGGCAGAGGAGAGAUUGCAGCUUGCUUCGAGGGUUGAAAAGGAUCCACUAUUUUCCAAAGUUGGGAAUGUUCACAUGACGACCAAAGCAAACAUGGUUACCUACAGAGGACCGACCAUGGUUGCUAAUACCCUUCAUGCCUGUGCCAUUCUUCUGAAGAAGAGUAAGGACUGGGAUUGGUUCAUCAACCUCAGUGCUUCAGAUUAUCCUCUUGUAACUCAAGAUGAUAUGCUGUCUGCAUUUUCCAAUUUGAACCGGAACCUGAAUUUCAUCGAGCACACAAGCCAGCUAGGUUGGAAGGAGGAUAAACGAGCCAUGCCUUUGAUGGUAGACCCUGGUUUAUACAAGUCGACAAAAUCAGACAUAUUUUGGGUCACACCUAGAAGAGCUUUGCCAACAGCGUUUAAACUGUUUACUGGUUCGGCAUGGAUGGUCCUCUCGCGAUCAUUUGUGGAGUACUGCAUCUGGGGUUGGGAUAAUCUGCCAAGGACCCUGCUCAUGUACUACACGAAUUUCGUCUCUUCUCCUGAAGGGUAUUUCCAGACCGUCAUUUGCAACGUUCCCGAGUUUGUUCAGACUGCUGUCAACCAUGAUCUGCAUUAUAUUUCCUGGGACAAUCCUCCAAGGCAGCAUCCACACACACUCACUAUCAAUGAUACGGGUAAAAUGAUUUCAAGCGGGGCCGCCUUCGCUCGGAAAUUUAAGCAAGAUGAUGCCGUCCUGGAUAGGAUCGAUAAGGAAUUACUUGGACGGAAGAAUGGCGGCUUCACCCCUGGUGGUUGGUGCUCUGGCAAACCAAAGUGUUCAGAGGUUGGCAAUCCCACAAAGCUUAAACCUGGUCCUGGAGCUCAAAGGCUCCGUGUUCUGAUUGCUAAGCUAGUCAUGGCAGCUAAGCUCGGUCGAGAUCAGUGUAAAUAGAUAUCAGAAACAAUUCUUGGUUUCCUAUGGGGGUCAUGAUAAGAGAGGAGAGUGAAAAAUGCGAAGCUGAGUUCUUGGGUUGGAAUGAUUGUUGGAAGGGAAGAGUUUUGGAACUUCGGCUAGAUCUGAAGUCUCUACUAGUGGCAUCCUAUAUUAACUAGGCUCGGAGCUACCAGUACUAUUACACAUUUGCCUCCUAAACACCUGUUUUUGUAGGUUACAUUUCGAUAGAGCUAUACAGAUUCUAUAAUAUUUAUGUGUAAUAAUUUCUACAAGGUUCUAGGGAUGAUGGAGCCUUAGCCUGCAGAGGAUUUUGGAACACUAUUAUUUUUCUGCUAGCGAAUGACACUGAAAUUGACCGUCCUGGAAGAGAAGACAAA